GGACGCUUACCGCGCGUCAGAUCGUACUUGAUAAGCUCAAACUAUACUCUCAUUUUAACUGAAGUGUCGAUUUCUUCUGAUAUUUUAUACGUGUAUGAUAGUAUGAUUUCAUCGGUGUGCUCUACUGCGUUUUCUCUUUUAUCAAUUGUAGCAUUAGCAACGUUAGCACCAACGAGUCAAAGUUAUGAUGAAUUACUCGAUGCAUUCAUAAAUGUGGAAACCAAUCGGAAGGCCGCUAUAAAGGGGGCAGUAGAGGUAGCAUCGGACCGAAAAAACAACGAGACUCUUGAUCUCUUACAUGGUGUCGUAGCAGAGGCGGACUUGGUGCUCGAGAACAUACGGCGCUAUUUCGACGCUGGUAAGGUCAUGUUCGACUUGAAUAAAGGAAAACUAAAUCUCGCAGAAGCAGAUGUCAUUUCGAAAACUCGGCUCAUGCAAGAGAAGAGUUAUUUGAAGGAUCAACUGCAUCAGCUGGCCGCAACCCUUAAAACUUUAAAGGCUCAAAUGAAAGAUCUGCCAAGAGACUUGAUGAACAUUCUGCAGCCAGUGAUUCGCAGCAUCGAACAGAGUAAAGAUGCAUUCGUUCCACUCACGCGGCAAUUUCGAGUAUGCCUGGAUGAAAUCAAACCGACCCUAAUUGUACCGGGACACAAGACGACUUCCUAAAUAUGUAUCGAUAGAAAAGUUUUUUCGAGGACAUGUUCGGCACACAUUUACAUCCGAAAGAUUACAAAUCCCAUUUAAAAUCCUCGAAAGAUAUGUGUCAUUGUGUCAGUCACACACCAAGAAAAAAAUCUAGUCAAUUAGUAAUCGGUAUUUUUUGUGUGAAGAAGUCCCGCAUAAAGUAUGCAAU